AUGUUGCCUCGCGCACAGCCCCUACGAAGACUACUUUACACCUCUACACCCCGCGCUCGACUGUCUGCGUAUCCUCCGGAGCACCGCAUCGCCCCACCUGCCCUCUCUAGCUCUACCAACCGGGUCACACGCGCAUACAUACUACAUCACAGUCCGCAGAGCACGGCGAGGGCACCUCACAAGGAGAGCGGAACCACCUUUUGGACUGUAGGAAUAGUCGCUGGAAUCGCAAUUGGCAGCGCACUGCUCGUUCCCUUUGUGCACAACUCCCCCAAACCGCAGGCAGCAAAGCAAUCCACCCCCGAUCAGUUUGAAAUCACACAUCUGACAGACUCGUACCUCGUCAUGGCGCCGAACACUCCCGCAGGGAGGCCAGGCACUCUCACAGCAGAAGAGGAUAAGAAGCUACGUGAGCUCUGGGCAAUUGUUAUGAAAGUCUUCGGUGUGGAAGUGGGGCCGGAAGCUACGAACGGCGCUGACGAGGUCGCAUCGCCCACCACAAGCGAGGCAGCAGCAGACGGCAAGAAGGACAAGAAGAAGAGCAGGCUGAAUGUGUUCAAGAGGAACAAAGGCGAGAAGGGUGCAGACGACAAGGCAUCGACUGCUUCUGGAGGCUCUACUCCCUCGGACAUCAGCAGAUUGUCCAUAUCGGCUGAUGAUGACAAGUUUGGCCAAACCGCAGAGUUCAAGGCGGCGAUAGCCAAUAUUCCCCCGGAAGAGCUGCGAAGGACCUUCUGGAGCAUGGUGAAGCAUGACCAUCCUGAUGCUCUUCUUCUUCGCUUCCUGCGCGCACGGAAAUGGGAUGUAGAGAAGGCACUUGUCAUGAUGAUUUCUACAAUGCAGUGGAGAUUGAACGAGAUGCACGUCGACGACGAUAUAAUGAAGACGGGAGAGCUCGCUGCGUUGCAGACCGCAAGCACGGAUGCCAAAGCUAAGAAGAACGCCGAUGACUUUUUGACACAGCUGCGCAUGGGCAAGAGUUAUCUGCACGGCUUGGAUAUUGAGGGGAGACCAAUGUGUUUUGUUCGUGCGAGGUUACACAAGGCCGGUGAGCAGACGGAAGAGAGUCUAGAAAGAUUCACAGUGUACACCAUUGAGACAGCGCGCAUGCUGUUGAGGCCUCCGAUUGAUACAGCCACUAUCGUCUUUGAUAUGACCGACUUUUCCAUGGCCAACAUGGACUACACACCGGUAAAAUUCAUGAUCAAGUGCUUCGAGGCAAACUAUCCGGAAUCACUUGGUACCGUCCUCGUCUACAGAGCACCCUGGGUUUUCAACGCUGUAUGGAGCAUCGUCAAGGGCUGGCUCGACCCCGUCGUCGCCGGCAAAGUACACUUCGCAAAGACGAUUGACGAACUAAGCAACUAUGUACCAAGGUCACAGAUUCCAACUGAGUUGGGCGGAGACGAAAAGUGGGAAUACAUGUACCCUGAGCCUGUACCUGGCGAGAACGACAAGAUGGCCGACGAAAAGCCCAAGCAGGAGCUGCAAAGCGAGAGGCAACAGAUCGUCGACAAGUACGAGACUACGGUGCUAGAGUGGGUACACGCGGGUGACAGCGUGCCAGCGGAGGAGAAGAGGAAAGAGAGGGAUGCCGUUGCAGAGCAGUUGAGGCAGAAUUACUGGAAGCUGGACCCGUACGUUCGAGCACGCUCGCUGUACGACCGCGCGGGCGUCCUCCUAGACGGAGGCAAGCUGGAAUUCUACGGCAAAGCACCUGAGCCUGCAGUUGCACCCGCAAAAGCAACAGAAACGAGCGCCGAUGACCUUGACUAG